AUGUUUGUUGAAGGGGCAAAGCUGACCAGUGUCGUCAUCUCGCAGAGCGCUCCCACAAACUUCCGUCGAGAAGAGAUCCGCUUGCCUGGGUUGGAUGAGGAGCAACAGCGCUCACUCCGCGAAAAAGCCCGCCAAGACGCCCAAAAACUCUACCCGGGCCUCCAACCCCUCCGCUCCUCCCCCUCCGGCCACUUCGCCAGCCCCACCGACACCCUGCCCUCCUACGAAGACUUCACCACACCCCGGCCCAGCCCUGCGAUCCCCAGCCCCGGGCUCCGUGAGAGCAGACUGAUGGAGGGCAUCAAGCGGCAUUCCAGAAAACUGAGCAAUUCGCUGACGGAUCGACUGGGCGGGCUCGGGAGCGGCGGGUUCGGAGGCGCGGACGGGCUUGGGUUGGGGAGGGAGGAUAGCAAGUAUGAGAUGCGGGCGCUGAUGGAACCGAGUCGGUCGAGGGUCGUGAGUCCGUUGCCCGGGCCGAAGAUGAGUGGGGAGAGUUAUGGGAGUAGUGAGAGUGAGCGGGAGAGGGCGGUGAAGGCUGUUGGGACUGGGGUAAAGAUCUGA